AUGGCUGCCGAAACAAUUGUCCAGAGCAUUUAUGCUCCUGUAGAAAUCAGUGAUGAUAUCUCGAUACCUCAGUUUAUGACAAGAUACAAUCCAGACAACGUUCGACCGGGCAAGAUUGUCCAUGUGGAUUUGAUAAAAGGGAAAGAGCUCACGUAUGGCGGGUUAAGAGAAGCUGCUGGAAGAGCAUCGUGGGGAUUGCAGAAAAAUUUGUCUCUCAGACCACAAGAUGUAGUGUGCAUUUUGGUGCAAAAUUCUUCGGAUUUUGUUGUCUUGGCUCAAUCAAUUUGGUGGACGGGGUCUGUUGUCUCCCCUAUCAACCCACUACUCACUGCUAAAGACAUUCUGCAUUGUAUAAAUCUUGUCCAACCGACGCACAUUGCGGUCUCAGCGGCCUACUACGACAAGGUUCAAGAAGUACUCAGCUGGUAUGAUGGUGGCAUUCGCCCGCAAGUGUUUAGUGUAAUUGAUCGAAUAGAAGGAGUCAAGAAGUUCCCCGAAGAUGUUGAAGGAAAAUCUCCUCAAGAAUCCGUCCCUCCAUAUGACCUCGAAGGCGAGAGCUCCAAGGAUGUCAUUGCCUCAAUAAUAUAUUCAUCGGGUACUACCGGGCCGAUGAAAGGUGUGAAGAUCUCUCACUAUAAUCACAUCAUCAAUAUCCUCCAAGGUCGUAACUCGCUUCCCCUAAGACAAAAUUCCGAACAGCGAGUUAUCUUUUUUGCGCCAUACUGUCAUAUCUACGGGUUAGGUUGUGUUGUGCUCAACGGCAUGUGGCUGGGAAAUUUCACAUGUGCUCUUCCUACAUUUGACCUUGAGACGUACUGCCAGCUGUUCGGGAAAUACAGGGCCACUUUGGCAUACCUUGUACCACCAAUUGUCCUACAACUUGUUACUUCGGACAUCCCACGAAAACAUGACUUUUCCGCUCUGGAAUGUAUGGUAGUCGCAGCUGCUCCACUGAAGAAACCGCUGCAGGAAAGGAUCAAGGCUGUGUUCCCGCAGACGAAGAUAAUCCAAGGAUACGGGCUUUCUGAGUGUUCUCCAUCAGUCCUAAUGCAGCAUGAGACCGAGGAGGAGUAUGUAGGGACUUGUGGAAGGCUUCUAUCUACUACUGAGGCGCGAUUAGUAGAUCCAACGACUGGUAAAGAUAUUAGAGUAGGGCAGGAAGGCGAGUUAUGGGUAAGAGGCCCGCAGAUCAUGAUGGGCUAUGUUGGGGAUGAAGUGGCUACACGAAACACCUUCGUCGGAGAGUGGCUGCGGACAGGUGACAUCAUGAUGCGAGAUCAAAACGAAAACUUUUGGGUUACAGAUCGUCUGAAGGAAAUGAUUAAGUACAAGGGACUUCAGAUCGCGCCCUCAGAGCUUGAGGACAUUCUCCUUCAACACCCGCACGUAAUUGACGCUGCAGUCUGCGCUAUCUACGACAACGACCAAGCGAGUGAGGUCCCAUUAGCCUACGUCUCACUUGCAGAUCCUCACCACCUCCUUCCAGACAAGAUGAAAGAGUCAAUCCUUACAGAUAUUAGGAACUUCACGGAUGGUCAGGUAGCGGGGUAUAAGAGACUCAGGGGUGGCGUCUUUCAUUUGCAGCAGCUUCCGAAGAAUGCGAGUGGGAAGAUUAUAAGGAGGGAGUUACCGGCUAAGCUAAAGGAAGGGAGAAUCGGGGUGCUGUGAGAGCGACUUUUCCUCACCCCAGAUAUCCAGAUAGCCAUUACUAGGAGAUGAGAGUUCUUAUUCAACAAAUAUUAGUUUUCUGCCCA